GCUCCGGCUCUGCGGGAGCUGCACGCCGGCAGCAAGAUGUUCUAUUCGGGCGUUCUGACGGAGCCGACGAGGAAAGAAGUGGAGAUCCGGGAGGCCGCCUCGCUGCGCCAGCAGAGGAGGAUGAAGCAGGCGGUGCAGUUCAUUCACAAGGACUCUGCGGACCUCCUGCCCCUGGAUGGGCUGAAGAAACUGGGGACUUCCAAGGACACCCAACCACACAACAUCCUGCAGAGGCGCCUGAUGGAGACAAACCUAUCAAAGCUGCGAGGCAGCCGGGGCAGCUGGGCCUCGAAGAGUGAUGCUCCAGCACAGAGCAGCAGGCUGAACCAAGCCAAACUGGGGAGCUCCAGGAGCGUGGAGGAUGAGGAGCUCCUGGUGGUGAGCUGCCAGUGUGCCGGGAAGGAGCUGAAGGCCGUGGUGGACACUGGCUCACAGCACAACCUGAUGUCAGCCGCCUGCCUGGACCGGCUGGGGUUGAGGGAACGCCUGGAAGUGCUCCCCAGUGAGGAGGAGGAGAUCUCGUUGGCACACAGCGAGAGGGUGAUCGGCCGCAUCGACCGCCUGGUGCUGGCGGUGGGAGCGCUCCGCGUGGAGUGCGCAGCGCUCGUGGUGGAAGACAGUGAGAAACCCUUCUCCUUUGGCCUGCAGACACUGAAGUCCCUGAAGUGUGUCAUAAACUUGGAGAAGCACCAUCUUGUCCUGGGCAAGACGGAGAGGGAGGAAAUCCCGUUUGUGGACAGCGUUGGCGCUGGGGCAGGAGAGCACACUUUGGAAGCAUAGAGAAAAAUGGAAAUGCCAUCCCCACACGAGAGCUCAACAUCAAAGAAAUCCUCUGCAGCUGUUCCAAACGAAACAGCAAUGCGCUGCUUGAAAAUAUUUACAUGAGGCUACGGCUUGAGUAUAGCUAAAUGAAACCUGUUCAGUAGCCAGUACCUUAGAGAUAUUGUCAUGUUUAUCUUUGGGUUUUGAGAAACAAAUGUGUGCUUAUUUUCUGGACUUUUCUAUAGUGCUCUCUUUAUUACGAACAGUUGGGAAAACCUUAGAAUUUCUUCUGAUGAGAAAACUAAUUUUUAUAGUGGCCUCACAUGAGUAAUUGUACUUAGCAGUGAUUAGAGGCUAUCAGAAUGAAAUUUUUAUUAAUGAUUUUUCCAGAGGCUAAGCAUUUAUAUUCGCUUAAUUGAUACUGUCACAUUCAAAGGGCCAUUACCGGGAGGUUACUCAUAGUACAGUAACAACGCUGAUGCCAUCUAUGAAUUAUCGUACAUCCUGUUAGCCGUGGCAUUGCUGCUGUGUAAUUGGGGACACAACUGCUGGCUUGACGAGAAGGAGCAAUCACUAAAUUACCCUUGGGUAAGGCCUCUGCAGGGCUGCAUGGUUGUAGCACAGGAGUGCUGCUUGGAAGGGCUCAGGGGUAUGCUCUGCAGCCACCUGCUCGGAGCAUCCUCCGGUACCUGCUGCAUGGCUGUCCCCUCCACUGGGAAUGUCCCUAAAGGGCUCUCAGCUGCCUUCCCAGUGGGAGUAGGCAGGGAAAUUAAUCAUUGUGCUGUGCCCCAAGGAAACAAACGAGCACAAAAGCACAUUGUCACCAUCCCUGGAGGUGUUCAAGAACAGGGUAGAUGUCACAUUGAGUGGCAUGGGUUGGUGGGCAUGGUGGGGAUGGGUUGAUGGUUGGACUAAGAUGAUCUUAGUGGUCCUUUCCAACCUUAAUGAUUCUAUGAUUUGAUGGAAGAGAGCAGAUGGAGUGCCUCACAGGUCCACUGAUGAACCACGGCUCUGCUGGCUCUCCCAGCCUGUAAAACAUCAGCAGCCUGGCUCAGCGCUUCUUUGUGUUUGGGGCUCCAGUUGUACUUCAGUGUUGCUGACAGGAAUGCCACAGUUUUAUACCUAUUUACAAAUCAUCUGGGAUUCUACAACACUAACCUUGACUUCCCUCAGGGCAAGGGGGAAUUCCUGUGGGACAAGUAUUCCAUUUGGCAUUGCUAUGCCAUAGCACCAAUGUUGGUUGCUACUUCAUGGGCUGCUUGCUUGGAAACCAGAACAAACGUAGUGUACUGCUUGGAAGAGCUUGACCUGCUGCAAAAGCAGCCUUCUAAAUUUUAAAAAGCUAAUGGGAAUUAAUGACAGCCAUCUGCUGAAGGGGCAUCUUUAAAAUGCAGUAAUACCCUGGUGAAGUUCUGCACCCACUCAUGUGGGAUGGUGAGCCCACUGCAGGCAGAUCUGCGCUGGCUGUGUGCUGUGGCAGUGGGAGGGCAGCUCCUGCAGCACUGUCCCACUGGCCAGUCCUAGCUGUGCCCCAUGGCACAUCCCAAGCCUGUGGUAGCAUUGCAGCUGGAGCUUCACCUCCUGCAGUUAGCUCAAACCUCUUCUCAGUAUUGAGUAUUACUACCAAAUCCAGCGUAUCUGAAUUUUGAGCUAUUUUCUAUUUUGGUGGUAAGUUUCAGUGCUUUCUCUACAUACAGUAUUUUAUAUAACACAGCUCUAUGUACAUAUAUACAUGGUUGAGCUGCCCAGGGCAGUCCCACCGAUGUGCUGCAGAGAGACUUCACUAAAUAUGAAAUAUAUUUGAUUAUUUUCUAUGCUAUGAGUUUGGUAUUUUGGUACUUCUUUCUGUGCUUAUUACUGUGCUAAAUGUCAAAUUAAAUCUAAAUAAAGUUUAAUUGUUAUUGCUGUUUA